GGUUCGUCGCCGCGCGCGCGCCUGUUGCGACGGAUCACGCUCGCUCGGUCUUAAUUAAUCCACACGCUUUUCUUCGAUCGUCAACCAAAAGCCCACGGCUCAGGCUCAUCCCUGCCUGCCUCCCCGCCGACAUCCUCCGCUGCGCCUCGCUCGAGGAACUCUUCCUGGCCUGCUGGAUGUUACCUGCCGACCACCUCUCCCGCAGCACAGUAGCAUUUCCCUGCCUCAAGACGCUCAGCAUGCUGAACAUGGGCAUGUCCGACAAGGACCUCGACCACCUGCUCGCCGCCAGCCCUGUCCUGGAGACCCUCGUGCUCGCUUCCCCCGUAAGGCGCUUCCAUCUCCGCAGCCAGAGCCUCCGGUCCGUGCUGGUUUUUCUGGUGGGGGAUUUCGCGGUGGUGGACGCGCCGCUCCUGGAGCGGCUCAUCUUCAUGAAGCCGCUGCUCAACGCUAGAGCUGCUCGUCCCGUGACGGUCAAGAUUGCCUCCACCACUAACCUGCAGGUGCUCGGCUACAUGGAACCCAUGUUCCACAAGCUGCAGAUCGAUGGCAACAUCAUCCCACCUGACACGGUCGCAAGUCCAAGCACCGUGGUUCCAGCCGUCAGGACAUUGGCGCUCAAGGUGAACUUCUGUGUCCUAGAGGAGCUCAAGAUGGUGGCCACCUUGCUCAGAUGCUUCCCCAACUUGUCCACGCUGCACAUCCAGUCUGUCCCGUGUGAUCUGUCCGAAACUGCCGCUGCUGGGGAGCACCAUGCCCAGUUCUGGCGGGAGGUCGGUCCAGUUCAAUGCGUGAGAUCAAGCGUCAAAAGAAUCGUCUUCCACAAAUUCCAUGGACAUCAAAAUGAAUUCGAAUUCCUCAAAUUUGUCGCGAGGGACAAUGCUGCGCUGGAGUCUUUGCUGCUCGUGUCGCCCAAGGAAAAACUUCUUUCGGAGGACGAG